AUGAUAUAUGUAGAGCCGCUACUUGAUGAUUAUACGCUUGAAAACACACAAUAUUACGAAUAUCCAACACCUCAAACAAUGAAAAAGACAGAUCUUCAUAUAACUGUCAUUGCUACAUCACUAGGUAGAGAUUCGAUUAGUCCAGCAAUGGGUGGAUCUUAUGUGAUUGACGAAAUGACAAAAAGACCAAUUCAAGGAGUGCUUUUAAUCGAUACAAAACACAUUCCGCUAAAUAUUGAAGGGGAAGAUACUAUUCCAAAGUAUGUAUUCAUGAGUUAUAUCCAUGAAUUCAUUCAUAUUUUAGGUUUUGAAUACGAGCAAAUAAAAAAUUUCCAUCCUAUCGGAAGUUAUAAUCCGUAUCAAAUAGACGAUUCAUUAUGCUAUUUCACUAAGUAUGGCGUAGACUUCCUUGUUUUAACAACACCAUUUGCGCAUAUUUUUGCAAAAAAUCACUAUGGCGUUGACGAAUUUAUCGGUGACAAUGGAACAAGAUGUAAAUCGGGAAUUCAACUUGAAACUGGAGGAGAUAGCGACAUUAUAAGGCUCAAUCACCUGGAGGGAAGAUUAUUCCUUGAUGAUAUAAUGACUGGUUACAAUUUGGGUCCUUUUGAAAAUGAAGGAGAUACUCCAAUUAAAUCCGAAACAUUCCAAAGAAUAACGGAUGCAACAUUAGCAGUUUUGCUGGAUACCGGAAAUUAUAAAAUCAAUUACAAAAUGGCCUCACCGCUUGUAUGGGGAAAUCCUGAAUCUAUUGAUGGAAAACCGAUUAAAGACUUUGCAAUAGGUCCACCACAAGCUGUUUUUCCGUUCCAUUAUACAAUCGGUUUAUUUAAUAGCGAUCCACAUACAUUAUUCAAUUAUAAAGGUCUGGGAUUUCCAGUCACAGAAGAUAUCGAUGAAGCUCAUCGUAAUGAUACACAAAAAAUGGAUGAAAGGUUUUGUAAUCAUCAAAACUUUUACAACCCAGCAAAUUAUGAUUAUUAUGGUGGAAAUGAUAUUUUUGAUUAUAUGAUGUUAGUUAGACCCAUAACAAUGUGUCCAAAGGAUCAGGCAUCCUUACCAGGUGGACCAGAUUGCUAUACAUUCACAUGUGAUGGAUACGAUUCAGUCUCAUUUCCAAUUUCUAUUCCAAAUAAAGGAACGACACAUUUCAAAUGCACAAGUAAAGAUGAUCAGUCGUUAGCAUAUAUAGACAAAGAUGGCGGACAAGUAGAAAUAAAAUGUGUCAAUCCAGAGAUAUUCUGCAGAACAGUUAAACUGGCUGAUAUGAAAUUCAAGAAGAAUCCAUUCAUCGACGGUGUUAUUCACUUAAAUGAUGAAGAUCAAGGACCAGGUCCUGAUAUUUACCCGAAUAUAACAAAUAAUUCAACUGUCGACGAUUCCAAUAAUAAAAAGCAAAACUAUUUCCAAAAACAUUUGAAAUACUUCAUUAUUGGAUUUGUAAUUCUUGGUAUUUUAAUUUUGGUUACAAUAUUUCUCCUUAUUCUUGUAAAUAGGAGGGACAACAUAUCAUCAUCCCAAGCCGGACUUGAAGAUCUUCAACAAGAUUAA